AUGAACGGGAGGGCGCGGAGGCCGGCGGCGGCGCGCGGCGCCACCACCAGGGCCGCCCCGAGGAACGAGAAAGCGAUGGAGAAGGAGCAGAGGAGGCCACCUAGCUCGAAGACGGCGCCGGUGGCCAUGAAGGCGUCCUCCGCAAAUGCGACGCCGCAGGGCAUGAAGAACAGAAACCAGUCUCGGAGGGACAGGAAAAUUGCACUGCAGCAAGAUGUGGACAAGCUGAGGAAGAAGCUGCGGCACGAGGAGAACGUCCACCGAGCUCUGGAGCGGGCGUUCACGAGGCCGCUGGGCGCUCUGCCUCGCCUCCCCCCUUUCCUGCCCUCUCAAACAUUGGAGCUUCUGGCAGAAGUCGCGGUCCUGGAGGAGGAGGUCGUCCGGCUCGAGGAGCAGGUCGUCAAUUUCCGGCAAGGACUGUACCGGGAGGCCAUCAUCACCUCCAUGGCGAAGAACGCGUUCUUCCCGGACAGUGACCGGUGCACGCCGGCACGGCACAAGCUGACGACGGCCCAAGUGCAGAGUUCAGAGCUGUCCACCUCGACGCGUCAAGGCUCCUCCAAUCAAGAUGCUGCUGAUUGGCCAUCUUUGAAGCGAGCCACCAAUGUGAAGCAGACACCAAGAAGGCCCGGCCGUUCCCUGAGCCAAGGUGACUGUCCGGGGAAGGAGAACCAGUCGUUUGGCAGUGGCACUAACUCGUGCAGAGAUUCCGGCCUGGCGCCUUUGAGUAACGUGCCAGGAGGAUGCAGGGUACAAGUAGCGGAGACGUGCGCAGGUUUUCAGACAACCAGUACAAUGGAAGAGCACAAAGCUAUUGACGGCGGCAAUGGCAAUGAUCCAGACAAGGCCUCAACGGCGGCGAACAAAAUCUCGGAGGAGCUGCUGACGUGCCUGCUGGCCAUCUUCUCGCAGAAAAGCACCUCCAGCAGCCAAGACGAUGAGCGGGUGUCGACGCCGUCAGUCUCCGGUUCCUGCGGAAGCAGCUCAGACCCCUACGGUGUCCUAGAACUCGGCUGGCGAGACAUUGGCCGGUACAAGCAGUUCCGAUCAGUCGACGCUACUUCGUUCGGCACAAACAUUUCUGCCGGCGACGCCUCCGCCCUUGGCCGGAGAUUGAAGGCACUGCUCCGGAAGCUCUCCUUGGUUGACCUAGCGGGCCUCUCCCACCAGCAGAGGCUGGCGUUCUGGAUCAACACCUACAACUCCUGCAUGAUGAACGCAUUUCUUGAGCACGGAGCACCUACCAACCCCCAUAUGUUGGUGGCCAUGAUGCCCAAGGCGACCAUCAACGUCGGCGGGCGCGUGCUGAGCGCCAUGACGAUCGAGCACUUCAUCCUCAGGCUGCCCUACGACGCAAAGCAUGUGAACACUGAAGGGGUGAAAGGCGGCGACGGCCCGGCCGUGUUCGGGCUGGAGUGGCCGGAGCCGCUGGUGACGUUCGCGCUCUCCUGCGGCAGCUGGUCGUCGCCGGCGGUGAGGGUGUACACGGCGGCCCGAGUCGAGGAGGAGCUGGAGGCGGCGAAGCGGGAGUACCUGCAGGCCGCGGUGGGCGUCUCGCCGUCGCCGGCAAGCGAUGCAGGGUUGGCGAUCCCGAAGCUCCUGCACUGGUACCUGCCUGACUUCGCCAAGGACGUGAGCUCCCUCGUGGACUGGGUGUGCCUGCAGCUGCCCCGCGACCUGCAGCGCGACGCCGUCCGAGCGGUCGAGGCGGCCGGCCGGGGGCACGGCAGCGCCGCGUCGGCGUCGCCGCGGCGGCCCGUGCGUGUCCUGCCGUACGAGUUCAGGUUCCGAUACCUGCUGGCCCUGGCCUCGUAG